UGGUUAUAAUUUAUGUUGGCCCCUGACAUACAUAUAUAUAUAUAUAUUUUAAUGAUUUGGUCUCUAAGCAACUGAUCUCUUAGCAACAAGAAGCACCUUUAUAAAAGAUGGCACACAAAGAGUGAUUGCCAGAAAAACCGCCCGGCUCUUAAACAGCCGCGCAUCAUUAGCAAAACUCUGCGACUCCUUCAAGAGCCUCUCACUACAAGUGACCAGCUGACGCAGGACUCCACGCUCCUCCCGCUGAGAGCGAGGCCCACAAGAUGGUCUUGGAGAUGCUCAACCCGAUGCAGUACAACAUCACCAGCGUGGUGCCUGGAACCAUGCCCGUGGCCACCAUGCCCAUCCUGCUGCUCACUGGCUUCUUGCUCCUGGUGUGGAAUUACGAGGACUCAUCCUCUAUACCAGGUCCCGGCUACUGUCUGGGCAUUGGACCUCUCAUCUCCCAUGGCCGGUUCCUGUGGAUGGGAAUCGGCAGGGCCUGCAACUACUACAACCGGAUGUACGGCGAGUUCACGAGGGUCUGGAUCAGCGGAGAGGAGACGCUCAUUAUCAGCAAGUCCUCAGGGCUGUUUCACGUCAUGAAGCACAAUCACUACAGCUGCCGCUUUGGCAGCAAGCUGGGGCUGCAAUGCAUCGGCAUGCAUGAGAACGGAGUCAUCUUCAACAACAACCCGGCCCUCUGGAAGGCCGUGCGGCCGUACUUCAACAAGGCGCUGUCUGGACCCGGCCUGGUGCGCAUGGUGACCAUCUGCGCCAGCUCCCUCCGCACGCACCUGGACCGGCUGGAGGAGGUCACCAGCGAGUCGGGCUACGUGGACGUGCUGACGCUCAUGCGACGCAUCAUGCUGGACGCCUCGAACGUGCUGUUCCUGGGGAUCCCCUUGGAUGAAAGCGCCUUCGUGGUUAAAAUCCAGGGCUAUUUCAAUGCGUGGCAAGCGCUCCUUCUCAAACCAGACAUCUUCUUUAAGAUCUCUUGGCUUUACAAGAAGUAUGAGAAGUCUGUCAAGGAUUUGAAAGAUGCGCUAGAAAUCCUGAUUGAAGAAAAAAGGCAGAGGAUUUCCACAGCUGAGAAACUGGAAGACUGCAGAGAUUUUGCCACUGAGCUGAUUUUUGCUGAGAAACGGGGUGACGUGACACGAGAGAAUGUGAACCAGUGCAUCCUGGAGAUUAUGAUUGCGGCCCCGGACACCAUGUCUGUCACUCUGUUCUUCAUGCUUUUCCUCAUCACAGAGCACAGGCAGGUCGAGGAGGCAAUAAUGAAGGAAAUCAAGACUGUGGUUGGUGAAAGAGAUAUAAGGAUUGACGAUCUACAGAAACUGAAAGUGGUGGAAAGCUUUAUUUAUGAGAGCAUGCGCUACCAACCCGUGGUGGACAUGGUCAUGCGCAGAGCAUUACAGGACGAUGUCAUCGACGGCUACCCCGUGAAAAAGGGGACAAACAUUAUCCUGAAUAUCGGAAGAAUGCAUAGACUUGAGUUUUUCCCCAAGCCCAAUGAAUUUACUCUUGAAAACUUUGCACAGAAUGUUCCUUACCGGUAUUUUCAGCCAUUUGGCUUUGGGCCUCGUGGCUGUGCAGGGAAGUACAUCGCCAUGGUGAUGAUGAAAGUCAUUCUCGUGACGUUGCUGAAGCGAUUCCACGUGCAGACGAUCCAAGGCAAGUGUGUGGAGAGCAUGAAGAAAUGCAACGACUUGUCCUUGCACCCUGAUGAGACUGACAGCUUUCUGAAGAUGAUUUUUAUCCCAAGAAACUAGACAGAGGACUCAAACCCCAAAGGGAGCCAGUCUGCCUCUCCUCUCAAGCAUUUCUCAUCAGUAGUUGACCAGGAAAC